UUGUGGUGUGCCGACUUGGUCGAACCGCGGGCGGAGUGGAUCGGACUCAGUCAGGUGCAGCAAAAGAAAACGGGGGGAGGGUGCUUUGCAAGCUGUAAGGUCGUAGUCGGCUGCAGAAUUACAUGCCCUUACUUUGACACACACAAAAAAAGAGUAAUUGCAAAAUGGAUAAUUCUGGCAAAGAGAAAGAAGCCAUGCAGCUGAUGGCCGAUGCUGAGAAGAAGGUGAAAUCGUCGCAUUCGUUCUUAGGAGGCUUGUUUGGAGGGAACUCAAGAAUAGAAGAAGCAUGUGAAAUGUUUGCAAGAGCUGCAAACAUGUUCAAGAUGGCUAAAAACUGGAGUGCCGCAGGGAAUGCAUUUUGCCAGUCAGCCAAACUCCAUUUGCAGCUGCAGAGCAAACACGAUGCUGCCACCAGUUUUGUGGAUGCAGGGAAUGCGUACAAGAAAGCAGAUCCACAAGAGGCCAUCAACUGCUUAAAUGCAGCCAUCGAUAUAUACACAGAUAUGGGGAGAUUUACGAUUGCAGCAAAACACCACAUUACAAUUGCAGAAAUUUAUGAAUCUGAACUGGUAGAUAUUGAAAAGGCUGUUGCUCAUUAUGAACAAGCUGCAGAUUAUUACAAAGGAGAAGAAUCAAACAGUUCAGCUAACAAGUGUCUUUUGAAAGUGGCUGCGUAUGCCGCACAACUGGAGCAGUAUCAGAAGGCAAUUGAAAUUUAUGAGCAGGUUGGGACCAACACAAUGGACAAUCCAUUGCUGAAAUAUAGUGCAAAGGAAUAUUUCUUCAAGGCUGCACUGUGCCAUUUUAUUGUUGAUGAGCUGAAUGCCAAGCUUGCUUUAGAGAAGUAUGAAGAAAUGUUUCCAGCAUUUUCAGACUCGCGAGAAUGCAAACUUUUAAAGAAAUUGCUUGAAGCACAUGAAGAACAGAACGGUGAUGCGUACACUGAAGCAGUGAAGGAAUUUGAUUCCAUAUCGAGGCUGGACCAGUGGCUUACAACAAUGUUACUGCGCAUCAAAAAAUCCAUCCACGGAGAAGGAGACCUGAAAUGAACCAUAAUAAGGCAUUUUGCCAAACUUGUGACCUGCUAUUAUGUGUACUGGGUUGUGACAAACUUGGUUAUACCUGUUUCAAUGUUUAUAAUUGGGUUUUGUUUUCUUUGUGUAAUCUGCCAGUUAUUGUAAGUUAAAAAUAUAUUCUUGUGCUCAUUUAUUGAAUAAUGCCCAACAUGGGAACUGGUCCUAGCUAUAAACAUCAGUGCUACAAAGGGCAUGGUAAAAAAAACUCUUAACAUUUUGCUUGAAAACUGUUCUGAAUGUUAGUGAAGUUAAAAUUCUUCUGUUAAUACAAGUCCAUUGGGUAGUACUUCAAUAAUGCAGCAAAGGAUUGUGAGGAAAUGUGCAAGAACAGAAGGGUCUGAAAUACAUGUACCCUGAAUAAACCGUUAGUUGGUGUAAGUCCAACAAAUGCCACACCUCUAAUUUUUAAAAUAAUAACUUUUAAUGGCAUUGUUUUCAGAAAGCAAAAUUUAAUUUAAUCUUUCCUUUAUUUUACUGAGGUAUUGUAGAUGUUGAUUUGAAUACCAUUUUUUUAUUGUCCUUUGCAGCUGACUAUAAAGAUCUAGUAAAACAAAAGGGCAAUGUGAUUGUUUCACUAUAUAUUUAAAAAAAUUGUCAUUUCAUUUACAGUUGUGAUUUGGAUAAGGUCUCUCUGACAUUUAGAAUAGGUUAUUGGUUUUUAAGUGAUCGGUGGUUCAUUUUAAGACUUCUCUGGUCAAGAUGUUUCUUAAAAAAAAGUGUUUUUAUUUGAUUAUUUUGUGUUUGCAAAUUUUCUUUUUGUUAGCUAGAUGGUUCAUCGACAUAAUGGAAAAGGCUUGUUUAUGCACUGGUUAUGUAAUAUAGUGGUAGCCACAGGCUUCGUCUGUUUACAUUGCAUAAUUGAUAAAGUAGAACCUUUUCCAAUUUACUGUAUCUGAAAGGAUUGCAACUACAUGGAUAUGCUAAGUAUUUUAUAUGAAAGUUUCUUUUUGUAAAUUCAGAAUUCAAUAUUUUGUGAAAGGCUAAUGCUAAUUUUCCAUGUCUCUGUCUUCUGUGCACAUGUGUAUAUGUCUAAAUUUAUAACAGUCUGACUGUACAGAUUGUUCCAGGCAAGCUUUCAACUGCAAACACAUUUAUCACCAUAAGCAUUCUAUUCAGUUGGCUCUGCUAGUACUUGGGAAAAUUAUGGUGCUGUAGUGUAAGUAAUUGAAAAGCAUUGAUGCCAUUGGUCAGGUACUGCUUUCCACAGAUGGAAGUAAGCAGUGUUGGCAGUUUCAUUUCUCUUAGUGGACAGAUAGAGUUAACAAACUGAAGAACUGAGAUUAGAGAGUAGAAGGUGGUGCAAAUGUCUUUAGGUGUCUGGCUCCAGAUUAUAUACUUCACAAAAUAAAUACAUUCCAUCCCACACACAAUCUUUAUAAGCCAGGCACUUUUAAUAUUGGGUCCCUGUAUUGGGGGAGCUUAUAGUAUCUUAAGGUAUAAAUACGGGUUAGAGUUUCGUUACCAUUUUAAUGCUCAGUAUUACGGUGGACUAGCUGUUUUCUAUGGGAGUACUAUUCUCAUUUUAAAUAAGCAAAAGACUACAUUUUAUGUGACAAAGUAUAUUUUAUUUCACAUUAUUGUGAAGCUGUAUCAUUGGGAUUGGGCCCGAAACAUUUUUUUAAAAUCUAUAGACCCACUGUGGGCAUUAAGUGAUAGUGGAUGCACCCUGCAUGAAUAAUGUUCUUUUACUUUGCAAAUGUAAAAGUGCUAUAUCCUGACAAAUGAACACAAAGCUGUUUAGUUCGGGUUAUGAAGAUUUCUGUACUUUCACAGUGAAAAUUGCAGCCAAGUCCUUGCAUUAAUGCUAGCUGGGUCUGAAUUGCUCUCUAUAUUACUUGUGCUUCUCAACAUCUGUUCAGCUCUUCCAUUUGGUGAUGUUCUGUGUUCUGUUCUAAGUGCUUUGAAAUGCGAUAUUUUCAAAAAUGAAAUCCUCAGCUGUUUAACCUAAGAAUAAAAUGAAAAGAAUUAGUUAUUUUUAACUAUUGGAUGGAGUAAUAGAAUUUAGUAUAAUAUUGGAUUUUGUUGUGAAUGCAGAAGUUAGUGUAAGUUUUGGGUGCUUCUUUUUCUAUAUCUAUUCAUAGUCUGGAAUUGAUGUUUGGAACAUUGUAAAACUGCACUUUACCAAGUAGGGAAAUGCUCACUUGAAUUAAUUCUUCAAACAUUUAUGAAAUUAUGUCAAAUCCAUUGUUGAAAUCAUUAAGUUUGAUUCUAAACUACUAUUACAGAUUUACUGUAAUGUCUAGUUAUUCAUACCAGAACUUUUAUAUUCAAAUGAUAAUAAUGAAGAAAAAUACUUUGCUUUGGGAAACUAAUGGAGACAAAUGUACCUUUGCAGGUUCACAAGUGCUGAUGUUGCAUAAUCAACGUUACAUUGCAAAUAAGCAUACGGGCACUCUAGUGAGGAUGAAGUAAUUUAACUAUCUUCCAUUGCAUUCCUGAAAUACGUCUGUGCAGUUACAUUGCUAAAUGGCCCCAACCUGCUUCAGCGGGAGGUUUUGGCAAAUGGCUUUCAAGCUCAUAAAGUUCCCGCACAUGUUUUGAAGAGGUGGUUUAGGAGCCUGAUUACAAUAUUUGUUGUUGGGCAUUGGAGAACAGAGUCCCUUAAAUGGGAACCUACUCUCCUUCAU